AAGUGCUGCUACUGGCGCUGCGCCAACAAAAGUGCCUCUGUGAUCGGCUGAAUGGAAACGCAUUGGGCCAGUAGACCUAGGGGCGCAGCGGUCCUCACAUUGGACAGUGAGGCGGCCAGGAAGCAGUGAUGACGGGCGGAGGUCGGUGACGGACGGCGGUGAUCGGUGACGGACUGCAGUGAUCGGUAGCGGACGUCGGAAUCGAGCACUUUGGGCCUCACAUUGGACAGUGAGGUGGUCUGGACGCGUUGAGGACGGACGCCAUAGACGACGGAGGUCGGUGAGCGGCCUCACAUUGGACAGUGAGGUGGUCUGGACGUGGUGCAGGUGAAGAUUGGACACUUCGAUGCAGACACUACGUCGGACAGUGGAGGAAAGUUCUUUCGGACCUAGAACGAAUAAAGCGAGGUGUGUUUGAUGUUGAUCCAGAUAAAGUGAAGUCAGUGUCAGUGAUGGAGGGAGAUUCUGUCACUUUACACACUGAUCUUACUGAAAUACAAGAUAAAGAUGAGAUUGAGUGGUGGUUUAUACCUGAAAACAUUCGAGUCGCUAGAAUCAAGAGAAAGAUCUUCAAUACAUAUGAUGAUGUUCUUGAUGAGAGAUUCAGAGGUCGACUGCAUCUGAACCAUCAGACUGGAGAUCUCACCAUCACAAACAUCACAACUGAACACACUGGACUUUAUCAACUAAUCAUCAUAACUGUGAAGAAAACAACAAAGAUAUUCAGCGUCACAGUUUCUGCUCUGCCCGUUCCUGUGAUCACUUCGGACCCUUCACUGAAUUCUUCAUCAUCUGAAAGUUCAUCUAAAUGUGUGUUGGUGUGUUCAGUGGUGAAUGUGACACAGGUGACUCUCUCCUGGUACAAAGGAAACAGUUUAUUGUCCUCCAUCAGUGUGUCUGAUCUCAACAGAAGUCUCUCUCUACAUCUGGAGUGUGUCGAUGAUUCUUACAGCUGUGUGAUCAAUAAUACAUUCAGAAACCAGACUAAACAUCUCAACAUUACUGAAGUCUGUCAGCCGUGUUCAGGACCAAACCAAGAAAGUCCUUCACAAACCCAAAACUCGUCUCUUAUAAUGUGGAUAUCCGCUGCUGCUGCUGGAACUCUCUUCAUCGCUGCAGUUUUCUUCAUCUACAGAAAACACAGAAAAACUGAUCAAGAGGAUCAAACUCGUGCAGGAGAGAUCGUUUACGUUGAUCCAACAUUAUUCAAAAGAGCACAGAAACCGAUAGUUCAUCAGGAGGAUGAUGUGGUGUACGCGGGUGUUGCUGUGAGACAUUGAUCAAACUCUCUGAGAUUCAAUUUCCUCAUUUAUAAUGUUCUGAUCACUGAAACUAUGACUCUGUUCAGCA